ACUACAUUGACGUCGCACAUGAGACACAGGGUAAGAGAUCAACGGAAGACACAGCAGAGUUCAGGCGGUGUCAGACUUGACUUGAGCCGCUGGUGCGUCUGAGCACCGUGUGUUCCGUGUAGUGCAGCUUCAACUCCAGCGGCAACAGGGUCAAGAUGACCUCAGAGACCCUGGAGUAUCAGUACCUGGUUCAAGAGGAGGAGGACGAGCGAUGUACUGUACGCAGACAUCGCUUCCGAAGCCACGUGGUGUUUCCUCGGUACUGUAGGUUUCUGUCUUCCAUCAUUGUGCUUCUGCUGCUCGCUCUGGCCACCUUCCUGGGAUACAGGGCAGGGAUCAAGUCGCGCAGAGGCAGCUUGGUGACUACUGACUGUGGCGUCUACAUGGGGCAGCAUAGAAAUGGGGCGUACUCCUUUAAGGGAAUGCGCUAUGCUGCGCCUCCUGUAGGUGACCUGCGUUGGGCUCCUCCCACUGACCCAGAGUGUAGCAGUGGGGUCACCAGUGCCACUGACUAUGGCAGCGUGUGUUCUCAACUGCAACCACUGUCAAGUGAUGGAUUGUGUUUGGGCCAGGAGGACUGCCUGUUCAUCAAUGUUUGGACACCAACACUGAGCAGCGAUGCCAAGAUCCCUGUUGUGGUCUGGAUCCACGGCGGGUACCUGCAAAUGCUCAGUGGGGGAGAGGAAGGUUACUCCCCCACAGAGAAGCUUGCUGCAGAUACAGGCCUUGUCUACAUUAGCUUUAACUACAGGCUCAAUGCUUUUGGCUUCCUGGCACUGGAGGCUCUACGAGGGGGGAAUCCAAAGAACACCUCUGGCAACUACGGCUUCAUGGACCAGAUCGCUGCUCUGAAGUGGGUCCAGAGGAACAUUCAUGCGUUUGGAGGUGAUCCAGGGAAGGUCACCAUCAUGGGACAAAGUUCAGGGGGAACUUCAGUGUGGGUGCUGAUGAUGUCACCGCUGGCCAAGGGUCUCUUCCAUGCUGCGGUUGACAUGAGCGGCUCGUCCAUUCUGAACGCCACACAGGAGCAAGCGGAGUCCGACAACCUGGUUUUCCUCAGAAAGACGGGCUGCAGUGAUGCUGUCUGUCUUCGCAGUCUGUCUGUCAAGCAGGUUCUGCAGGCCAUUCCGUGGCAAGAAUACCCUUCCUGGGCAGCAGAUGACGCCACCGACCUUCCCACAAGGGGGCGCUUCAACGGCCCGGUUAUAGUUGUGGAUGGAUAUGUUCUUGAAGCGCCCCCUUUUGAGGCCUGGGAGAAAAAAAUGUUUUUCAAUGAUGUUCCAUUCAUCGUCGGCACAACAGAGCAAGAGAGCGACUUCAGUCCACCAGCUGUGAACAUGUCAGACUGGACGUGGGCCGACUAUCAGUGGUUCGUGACAGAGAAACUUCAAUCAUUCAGUGAAGAUCUUCCCAAAAAGGCGCUAGAGCUGUACCCAAGCUCCGCCCCUUGUCCGACGACUGACCGCUGCCAGGAGAGAUCCUUCACCACCAUGGUGUCUGACCUGAAGGUCACAUGCCCCAACAAUGAUCUGGCUGGAAAAGCUGCAGAUGCUCUUCAAAGUCCAGUGUAUCGCUAUGUGGUGACUUAUACGCCAUCCAGGGCGGCUAACGUCGUCGGUUCCCUGCUGCCGUUUCCUAGCCGCUUCUCCUUCCACCUCCUGGACUCCCUGGCGUUCUUUGGGGGCCUGGAGAUGUUUUUUGGCAGCCCCCUUUCUCCACAGGACAAGAAUUUCCAGGAUCUGAUCACACGCCGCCUCGUCCACUUUGUCAAAACAGGUCAAAUGGAGUCUGACUGGCCAGAAUACCCGGCAGCCAUGGCUCUCCUGUCCACCAACUUCACUGUGGUCAACAACUACUCUGCCGAUAGGUGUAGUCUGUGGAAGGAGACUGGACUGCUUGCUUACGCUUGGAUUAACUGAAGUUGGUGCAACGUAAUGGUUUAUUUAAGCCACAGUGCCAUCACGAUUCACUGCGCUUGUUUUGCUCAGUUGUGUUGCUUCUGGUUUCCUUGCAACCUAUUGCAGGACCAGCCUCACCUUCUGGCACUGUAUCAGCCAUCCUCAUUCGUUCACCUCAUUACUUGUUGAAUUAUCCACUUAUAGCCAGUGUUUCUCUGACCUUUUCCUCAUCAUUCUCAUGUAGCUUCCGUCGGUGGGAAGGACAAGACGAGAUACCAGUAUAUCAGAGGACCAGCUUGUGGGGAGGUUUGGGGAAAGAAGUUAGGGAGGACAGACUCAGAUGGUUUGGACAGAUGAAGAGGACAGACAGGGAACGUGUUGGAGGAAGAAUGUCAAGUGCCAGCUAACAAAAGAAGAGGAAGACAACCACAGACUGGCCAGGGAUGCACAAGACAGGUAUAGGUGGAAGAGGCUGACUUGCUGUGGCAACCCCUGAGGUGCCCCCAGCCUCCUGCUCACCUUGGACACUUCUGUUAGUCUUACACUGCAUCCCUGAUUUCCGUUUUGCCUUUUGUCAGAUGUUUUGUUCAUUAAAGACUGUGAAUUUUCA